CAGACACUGACCACGGGACCACUCACUACCCCAAAAUAAGAGGAUGUGCAUACUACAAGACUGAGAAACAAUUGCGGCUUGUCUAACAGCAUUUUGGAACUUUAGAGAGGACUUGAGGUAUGAACCAAACACAAUGGCUAACGGGGAUGUAAUUACUCUUAUGAAUUUGGGGUUUUCCCAGUGGAUCUUUCUCUGACAGUAAACAAGCUAUCUGAAAGCCGAAAUUAUACCGACACGCUAAAUGUUUUAAUACUAUUUUCUCUUAUCUAUAGUCUCAAAAUAGGAGUCACAUGUUCCCUGUCUUAUUUAAUCUGCAGUAGGAUCUGCACCAGAGCGCCCUGCCUGCCUGCCUGCCUCAUGUUUCUCCCCCACAUGCCGACUACCCUGCACCUCCUGUGCUUUUUGCCCUUGUGAGGACAACACCUGCUCUCCGUCCCCAGUCUCCCAGUGGCAGCCCUCUUAUGAAUCAGGAGAUGUGGCCGCAGACUGUCAGGGAGAGCAAUGGGGAUCCCUGCCGCCGGGAUAAAUGCCUGGCAUAGCACCGGCAGACCCUUUUCUGUUUUUGGAGGGAAUAUUUUUCUUCUUUCAACAAUUACCCCACUGCCUCUAAGCAUGACUGAUCGAAAAAGUAGAGCCGAGUCGGCAGUCCUGCUUUCCUAUGGGCUGUAUUGAUUUUCGUCAGUCAGUGUUCAUUUGAUUGAGACCCAGCUAUGUGAGAGCCGAGGUGAAAGAGCGAGAGAGGCUAGAACUCCCAUUUGCUGAGGGAGGCUACAGGCAGACAGGUCUUCAGUUACAGUCCAUCUGCAUCGUGGUUGGCACAGCACAAACCUGACCCACCUGGACCGCACCCAGAACAAUGAACCAGUCAGCAUUGACAACAGAUCUGGUUCCCACUGCCAACAGCAGCCUGGUGGGCCCAGACCCCAACCACUCCUGUCCCCUGGGCUGGGGCCAGAACGAGGGCCUGGAGGCCUGUGUCUUGGAGACUGCGGUCAUCGUUCUGCUCACGGUGCUCAUCAUUGCCGGGAACCUGACGGUGAUCUUCGUGUUCCACUGCGCCCCCCUGCUGCACCACUAUACCACCAGCUACUUCAUCCAGACUAUGGCCUACGCCGACCUGCUGGUGGGCCUCAGCUGCCUGGUGCCCACCCUGUCCCUGCUGCACUACCCGGCCAGCGUCCAGGAGCCCAUCACCUGCCAGGUUUUCAGCUACGUCAUCUCGGUGCUCAAGAGCGUCUCAAUGGCCUGUCUAGCCUGCAUCAGCGUGGAUCGCUACCUGGCCAUCACCAAACCCCUGUCCUACAACCAGCUGGUGACGCCGUGCCGGCUCCGCGGUUGCAUCGCCCUCAUCUGGGUCUACUCCAGCCUGGUCUUUCUGCCCUCUUUCUUUGGCUGGGGCAAGCCGGGUUACCACGGGGACAUCUUUGAGUGGUGCGCCCACUCCUGGCCCACCUCGGCGCUCUUCACAGGCUUUGUGGUGUGCCUACUGUACGCGCCCGCGGCCCUGGUAGUCUGCUUCACCUACUUCCACAUCUUCCGCAUCUGCCAGCAGCACAACCGGGAGAUCAGUGAGAGGCGAGCACGCUUCCCCAGCCAGGAGAUGGAGGCUGGGGAGGGUGGUGGCAGUGGCAGCGGCGGGGGGCACCACGCGGGUCAAGGGCCUGACAGGCGCUAUGCCAUGGUGCUAUUCCGCAUCACCAGCGUCUUCUACAUGCUUUGGCUGCCCUACAUAAUCUAUUUCCUGUUGGAGAGCUCCCACGUGCUGGACAGUCCCGCCCUGUCCUUUGUAACAACCUGGUUGGCCAUCAGCAACAGCUUCUGCAACUGCGUCAUCUACAGCCUGUCCAACAGUGUGUUCCGCCUGGGCAUGCGCCGCCUCUCGCAGACACUCUGCUCCUUCAGCCACUGUGCAGCCGACGACAGGGACUUUGGCGAACCCAAGCCCAGGAAGAGGCCAAAGUCCUGCUCCAUCUGAGGCAUUGGAGGAUAUUGUUAGAAAAGCAGCGAAUUUCAAAGGUUACAUCUUUACAAAGCUGCGGAACAUUUAUUUGACAGGGCUGUCCCAAAGAGAGAGAAUUUAGGCUCAGACGGUUUGUUUUGAAGGAUACCAAUGACUUUUGCCACAGUCAUGCCAAGCCAUGAUUUACAGGCACACGUUAGAUUGCUGAGAGAGGCUACGUUGUUUUAAAGGUUUACUUUCUGAACAACUAAAUGGAUGAGAGAUUGGUACUACAUUUUGGCUUUAAACCUGUGUAGUGGAGUUUAGCUGGUAACCUACUGUAUGUGCAUCCUUAUGUAAAACCUAAUUUGACCAUGGUUCUCAGGCUUUGAUGUUACAUUUUUUUGUUCCUCGACAGUCGGGUAAAGUGCUUAUAAAAAUACACAGUUAGAGGUCCUCAAUGGAUAAGCAAUUUCCUCAAACAUUGAUGGUGACCUCAUGAUUUAAGCAUCUCUGAUUUCAAGGUAAUGUGGACUAAAGUGUAUUGAAUUUAAAUACCAAUAUUGUACUGCUACUAUAGGUCUGUGUUCUUGGUGGGCACUCAAAGGCUGAAUUAGCAUAGACAACAUGUAAUCCUCAUUUGCAUACACUCCCUUUUAGGAGUUGACAUGGGGUAUGUGUGUGCAAAUGACUGACUAUUCACUUACUGUACAUGCUCCUGGACAAUGGUGUAAAUAACAGCAGAUGGGCUAGUGGCCUUGACCUGUUAUGACAAACAAAAGUUUUGCGGUGUUUGCAGGUCUGUUAGCAAGCAGUCCGAGUGUUCAAAGACUUUCGGUCAGUCCUAAACAGAGAGAUGGGGCACUCAAUUUGAUGAGUUACUCAAUCUCCUAAAAAAAACAUUAAAAAAACACACACACACUAAUGAUUUAGUUUUAUUAGAUAUUUCUAUAUUUUCACGUGUACUUUUUCUUUAAAAAAAAAAAUCUUUGUCAAUGCUUCCUAUACAGUAGCUGUUUAGGAAGCAGAUUGAGGGAUUGGUUCUGUCCACUAAUGCAUACAUUUCUCUCUUAAUCUUUGGUUGAGUUCAGAAAAAUCUGCUUCACUCUACUUAAAGAUCAGCGUCAUAUGUAUGACUCUGUUCCCUCUGCUUUUCCACGCUAAGUGCAGAGACUGUUCCCUUUUUAGGGCCUUAUUGUACAAAAUACAGUGGGCAUGUGCAGUAAAUGCACCAUGAAGACUGCCUUUAGUUAUGUAUUAUACUGUUUGAUACAGCGCAGGUGAAGUCAUUCCAAGUUUUUCUUGUACAUUCCCAGAAUGGUCUGUUUUUUUAUAGAUAAUGUAGAAAAAUACAUAAAGUGCACAUUUUCAGUGAUACCCAAGACUAUUGCGAAAUCCCUCUCUAUUCUUAUGGUGUAGGCCAUUUGAAGUAAGACCUGUGUUGUCAGUGUGUAUUUGACCGUGUGGGAAAAACAAGCAACACGGCUAACUGAACCCUCGAUAUCAUGACUGUUUUUUUGUUCAACAUUAUGCUACUUAACCUGUGUAGUCAUUCCCCGCUUUCCAUUACAGAUUGUUCUGUAUAUGUGCCUAAAGAUAUAUUUUUCUGGAAAAGAUAUCACAGAGAUUUACUUUCUGUUCAUCUAUACACAGGGACACGUUCUGGCUGCAUGCCAUUUGCGUUUUGUAACGUGACCUUCAUUUGACUUGACUGAAGAUCCAUUUUGCUUACAUUUGCCGAUACAGUAGGACCAUCUCGUUUCAGCACUUUAUGAGCUUAUGUCAGAAGGUCAGGUCAGAAGCUUUAAUAUUUGUAGCGCGAUUCAUUAUUAUUUUAGGGGGCAUAUAUAAUCAUAGGGGAUCUGAAUUCUGCCGCAAAAGAUUAAAAAGAAAAAAAAAGAAAAACGUACCCUCCCCAAUGGUCUGAGAUGACAUCUUCACAUUACUGUAUUUGAUUUAUUUUAUCUUGUGUGAGGUGCAUUUUCUUUCUUUUUUUAUCAAAUGGACCAUAUACAGUGAAAGUAUUGCCACCCUUGAUAAAGAUGAGCAAAAAAUGACUAUAGAAGGAAUCAUUCAAAUACUGAGCUAUAUUGGAUGCUCAACAACAAUGGGGAAAAUAUAUUAUUUUCUAAGACUGAGAUGUCCAUUACAAAAAAUUGAUUUAGUGGCAAAUUAUUUAUUUUUGGGGGGAUUUUGAUGUGUGCUUGGGGUUAUUGUGUUGAUGGAAGAUCCGUUUGCGGCCAAGUUUCAGCCUCCUGGCAGAGGCAAUUAGGUUUUUUGCCAAAAUGUCCUGGUGCCGGAUAAAGUUCAUGAUGAUUUUGACCUUAACAAGGGCCCCAGGACCAGUGAAAGCAAAAUAGACCCAUCACAUCAAAGAUCCACCACCUUAUUUUACAGUAGGUAGUGCUGAGUGAUUAGUGCUUUUUGAGGUCGGUUGUGUUCCAAUUAUAUUAAAAAGUCAUCACAGUUUUCAAAUAUUUUUUUUAGACACAUGCGCAAUGCAUUGUGGGUUGAAUGAUGUAACAAAGCAGAAUAAAACAAAAAGUCCCAUGAUGGUAGUGACUGCCCAUUACUGCUUAUCACUUAUUAACCAUUUUAAUUCAAAUUACUUUAAUAAAAUAUUUCAGUUGUGUAUAUUACAUUUGUUUUAUUUGUUGACUUUAUUAUUUCAUUCCAAGUCAUCUCAUCUCUAUAGAGCUGCUGCCUGACAAAUCACUAUUUUAGUAGUAAUUCAAAUUAAACAAGACAUACUUUUUAUGACUGCUGAAUACCAACUAUCAAUCACUUAGAUCAUGUAUUUUCAGGUAGAGAUACAUGCAUCUUUCCCUCUUGAUCGCACGUUCUGUGUUCACCCCAUCUCCAUGUCUGCUCCACAUAGACCGGACAAAUAGGCAUGCACGGAAUUGAUUAUGGUCAUUGUAGUUAAUUACCACGUUUAAACUAUGUAGAAUAUUUGCCUGUUUGAACAAAAGGGAAUUCAAAUAAUUGAACUGACGUUGGUCAAUUAGUUGUUUAGAAAACGAAAAAGAAUCAACAUUUUGGUAUAUCGCGCAGCAUAUUAGUUAUAGGGUUCUUUUCUGCUUAUGCAUUCUCAUUUCGACACCAAACCCACCAAUGGUGUCCGAGGUCAAAGAGCAAUGUUUUCAUCUGACCAAAGCACUGGUUCCAAUCCAACUGCCAAUGCCAUUUAGCAAACUCCAGGUGUUUUACAUUUGUUGGAUGACAUGAAAAUAGAGCUCUUUGGCCACACACACCAGUGGUGGGUUUGGCGUUUAAAUGAGAAUGCAUAAGCAGAAAAUAACCCCAUACCUACUGUAAAAUAUGGGGGUGGAUCUUUGAUGUUAUGGGGUUAUUUUGCUUCCAGUGGUCCUGGGGCCCUUGUUAAGGUCAAAGACAGGAGCCAGAAAUUUGACAGCAAAUGGAUCUUCCAGCAAGAAAAUAACCACAUGCACACAUCAAAAACCACAAAGAAAUGUUUAAUUGGCCUCAAAAUCAACAUUUUGCAAUGGCCACAUGGAACGACAGAUACUCCCCCAAGAAAAUCUUAUGGAAGUUUGUUCUGAAGUGUCUGUCCUAUAU